CGGGAGUGUGCGCGACUCGGCAUAGUCGGCCGGCGAACUCCGUCGCGAUAACGCGACUUUUGUGUUUUUCGUGAACGGUGCUGCGCACGUUGGAUCUUUUGGUGUCGUUUGUGCUCUCAUCUCUGUUCGCCGAUCAGUGUUAACAACAGUGUACAUCGGCUACGCGUAUAUUCGAGUCAGAUAGAUGCCGGAUGAACUGUAAUAUAAGAAACUUGAGACUUCUCACCUGUCUUUUGCAUACCAUUGCGACUUUGUCAUCUGGACACACUUACAUUGAAGCAGAUGCCAAAAGGAUCAUGCCGAGAGAUCGAUGAACCCCGUUGUCGAGGCGUCGCGAUUUCACGCCAUUCCCGAGAUAAAAUUCAAAGAAGCUUGAAGAGGAAACGAGGGUGAAUCAUGUCGCGAUCGAGGCGUCCCAGUGUUUCCAUAUACGACUAUCCAGAGCAUUUGAAUCCGUUCAACGACGAAAUUACCAAUAACCAGCCACGCGUCGUGUAUCGAGAUGGGAAAACGAAAGAUACAAAGAACAAAUUCUGGACAUUCGGCCGAACCAGAAAGAAGAGAUCCAACAGCUUCUCCAUCAAGUCCACUUGGAGUGGACUGUUCGGGAAACGAAAGGAUGAAAAGUCGGAAGCGCAGGAAAAACGAUCCACGAUCACUACAGUUUCGUCGACCUACAAAAGAGAAGCCAACACCAAGCCUAUGGCUCCUCUGCGACCAACCAAGGAUCAGCAGGAGUUCGACGAAGCUCUUGGUACUUUAGCGAGAAGAAGAAAGUACACUUUGGACAACUCCUCGUCAAGGUAUAGCUCAAGUUUAACCGUGAAUGGUGAUCCUGCGAGGAUCUACGACGGGAGCCCACAGGACACCACUGCGUCCAUCAUGGGCGACCUUACUCCCAGACCACCGGCCAGAAGAUUCGGUCAGGUAAGCCCAAAGCCAACCGACAAGAUACCAUCGUUGGAAUUCGACGACAAGAUGUCAGAGGACGGUGUAACUCUUCGCGUGAAAACGCAAGACAGGACGCCCGUUCCUCCUUUGCGUAGACUCGGCAACAGAUCUUCGCAAAGGUCGACCACGGGUACCGUAGACCCUGAAGAGGAAACGAAUCGGUCAGGCGACGCCGCGUUUUGCGACGAAAACGAGAACGUUCCUGACGAUUACGUCUUCAAGAGGUUCACCCAGGACGCUGUUAGGAAGUCCAAUCUCUCUAUAAACAGCUGCAUUUCUGUUGGCAGUACGAUGAGCGCGUACGGCCGGAAGAAACGGAGAGCACCGCAGCCACCACGACGUCUGGAAAAGGUGGAAAGUAGCGAGGUAAACAAGACUACCGAAGCACCCAACAUCGAACUUCAGAUAGUAGAGCCAAUGGACAUAGCGAGAGUUACCGAGAACAUUGACGAGAUGACGAAGAAGAGUAAAGAUUUGGACAAGGAGACUAACGAGGCGAAAGAACAAUCGACAGAGCCUGUUUCAGAUGACGUACAGACACUGGAAACAGCCAAGGUAGAAGAUAGUCUUGUCAAAACCACAGAACAUAAUGCAGAAGACGCCAAGUCAUGCGUUAAAGAAAAGUGUACAGAAGAGAACUCUGUACGGAUCGAGCAAACUGAACCAAAAAACUCUACGAUGGAGGAUCAAGAGAAAUCGGAGAAGGCAAAUUCUGAAGAACCCGUGAAGAAGGAAAAUUCUGAUGAAUCCGCAAAGAAGGACGAGAACAAUGUUCAAAUCGAAUACCACAGGACUUCCCAAGAGAACGUAGAGAUAAUCAAGGACGUCAACCAAAUAAACUCGCCGUCGGAACUGGAGGAAGUUCGUCUUAGAAGAAAGAGCUCCUUGGAUUCGUUGUCCAGAAGUGAUAGUUUCUCCGUGAAGGAUGAGAUCGAGAAGAUCGAGAAGCAAAUAAAAGCUCUAGAGACGAAAAACGCUACCAAAGAUUCGUCGGAAGAAACGAACGGAGACAUUCAGCAUGGGAACACCAGACAAUCGCUUCAAGCGAAUCGUAGACACUUCUUCCAAAAUAUGGUGGACGACGAGAAUGCCAAAGGCGCGAUUAAAAUUGAAUUUAAGGAAUUCCCAAGGGAGCAGAACAUUCACGUUGUGAGACUAAACGAGCCCCCUGUUCCUGUAGCCGUGUUCAGAGAACCGGUAAAAGUGAUCGAGCUUCACAUCUCUGAACCAAUUAAGCAGAAGCCAGAGAUCGUCGACGACAUAAAUCCGAUACCAAAACCGAGAAGACACAGCGCAUUGAAUUUAAACGAUACUCGAUCAAACGUGGUUCCAAACGAAGAACGAAAGAGUCUUGAAUCAACCAGAGGGAAAUCAUUUUAGAAUUUCCACCUUCGACAUCGUGAAUUGUGUAGGACAUUGUGCAAUCGUUUCGGCUUCUAAAUUAAAUGGAAAUAUGAUAGUACUUCCGUUGGUUUUAGUCGAAAUAUUCUUUAAAGACUGUGUAGACAUUGUGUACAUGUGCCUUUAUUUAAUGGUUAGAGUUCUCGUUGACCCUUCGAAGCGUCGUUAUAGUUCUCAAUAUGCAUGGACAAUGGUUCACGAUAAAGUUUCUUAUCCAAAGUAUCCUUGACACACUUUUCAUUUAAAAUUCGAAAGCGAUUGUUCUUUGUAGAUACUUCAAAGGGUCAAUGAGCGUAAUAAGUAUACGUAUUAUGUACUUGGAGCCUUAAUACAAAGAUGAAACAAGACGUUUUCAUCAAUUUCGGGCAUAGAUUAUUAUGUGAUCGUAGAUGUCUCCCAUUUAUUUAGCAUUUUCAUUAUUUAUUGAUACAGAAUAAAUUUUAAACAUUUUAUCUUA